AUGGAUGAACUGGGUAUUUGGCUUUGUGAGCGGAGCUGCUCUAGGCUGUAUGUACAUAUCGACUGUGGCGGUUAUCCUCGUUGGUGCCAAAGAACUGGGUUAUGAAGAUAAUCUCGAUACGUACGGCUUUGUGUCUGGCUGUUACAUCAUGUUUACAACUUUUGGACAUUUGGUGGGGUCCGUUUUUGGAGGAGCGAUGCUGGAGUACGCUGGGUUUGAAUGGUCCCUCACCGUAAUUUCAGGGUUAUUCGUUACUUGUGGGAUGCUGUCUCUUGGUUUGCUGUCAGUUUAA